UUUUUAUUUCUUUAAUUUUCUAUAAAUAAAUAAGUUGUUGUGUGUGACUCUUCUUGUCGGAUCUUUGUUUUAAUUUUUAGCUACACAGAUACGACUAGUAUAAUUCGACAUGUGACAUUAACAAAUUUAAACUUUUCAAGUGUUAUGGUCCCUAGCUAGCUAUAGCUAAUUCAUCACAACAUUAUUGCUUCAAUUUUGUCUACAAAUAAUUAAUAGUAUAAAUUAUUUAUAAUUUGCGUAUAUAUAUAUAUAAUUGAGUUUGGUCACCUAGUGAGGUAAAGGCAAAACAAGCUCCUAUUAUAUAAUAUAAUGUUACCAGCCAAAUUUGCUAAAUUUGCUAAGUGCAUGAAUCAAACCUCUCAUCCUUUCUCUAUAUAAACCCCCUUAUAUCUUCUACUUCUCCUCAGUGCUUCACACACUCCAAUUUUAACUUCCACUCUUUAAUUCUUUCUCUCUCAAUUUUUAUUUUUUUAUUAAAAAGAGUCAACUAAUUUAUAAGAAAAAGAAAAAUGCCUUCCUCUUCCAUUAUUCUAGUCUCAAAAUGCGUAGUUGUUCCAGAACAAAACUCCAUGAUCGAAACUCUGAAGCUUUCAGUCUCUGAUAUCCCUAUGCUUUCCUGUCAAUACAUUCAAAAAGGUGUUCUGUUCUUCAAUUCACCAACUCAAUCUAUUAAUGACUUAAUCAAUUCUCUGAAACAAUCCCUCUCUGUGGCUCUGCUCCAUUUCCCUGCUCUCGCUGGCCGUUUAAUUACCGACGAUGACGGCCACGUCCACAUCCAUUGCAACGAUGCCGGCGUCGAUUUUAUUCAUGCCAAAGCAAAACAUCUCGCUGUUCGAGGAAUUCUUCCACUGGAUCGCGAUGUUCCUGAUUGUUUCAAGGAGUUUUUCGCCUUUGAUCGGACCGUAAGUUACUCUGGUCAUUUUAAAUCCUUGCUUGCCGUUCAGGUAACGGAGCUCUCUGACGGCGUUUUCAUUGGCUGUACUGUCAAUCACGCCGUUACGGAUGGGACCUCGUUUUGGCACUUCUUCAAUAGCUUUGCUGAAAUUUGUAAGGGCGCGAAGAAGAUCACGAUAUCUCCUGAUUUCAGCCGCGACACAGUUUUUAACUCGUCGGCGGUGCUUCGUUUCCCGGAAGGUGGUCCAAAAGCUACCUUUUCCGGCGAAGAACCAUUAAGGGAGAGAAUUUUUCAUUUUAGCAGAGAAGCCAUUCAGAAGCUUAAGCUUCGAGCUAAUAACUAUUCUGUUCUGACCACUAAAACGACACCGUCUAAUUGUAACGGUUUUUCCGACUCGUCCGAGAUUCUCGGCAAACAAUUGAAUGACAGUUGGAAAACCGUUAACAAUGGAUACGGUUUCAAUCGGACGGCUGAGAUUUCAUCCUUCCAAUCACUAUGUGCACAACUGUGGCGCUCCGUGACACGUGCGAGAAAGAUAGAGGAAUCAAAAACGACGACGUUUCGUAUGGCCGUGAAUUGCCGCCACCGUGUGGAGCCGAAAAUGGAUUCACACUACUUCGGGAACGCAAUUCAGAGCAUCCCGACCUACGCACCGGCUGGUGAGCUCAUAUCGCGAGACCUCGGGUGGUGCGCCGAUCUCCUCCAUAAGAACGUGGUGGCGCACGAUAACGAUAAGGUGAGGUUCGGCGUAGAGGAUUGGGAGCGAGAGCCGAGGCUUUUCCCGCUGGGGAAUCCCGACGGCGCGUCCAUCACGAUGGGAAGCUCUCCCAGAUUCCCAAUGUACAACAACGAUUUCGGGUGGGGUCGACCCGUUGCUGUUCGUAGCGGUAAGGCAAACAAAUUCGACGGUAAAAUCUCGGCGUUCCCGGGACGAGAAGGAAAUGGGACAGUUGAUCUAGAGGUGGUUUUGGCGCCGGAGACGAUGGCUGGGCUUGAGAAGGAUUCUGAGUUUAUGGAAUAUGUAUCGGAAAUAGUUGUGUGAGUUGAGUUGAAGAGUUAUUGGUUUAGUAGGAGAAAGAAAAGGGAAGAAAAUGAGGUGUCAGUCUCGUAAUACUUAAUGGUAAAGGCUACUAGUGGUAUAUAGCUAUUGUUCAACUAAGUAUCAGGUCUUAUAUAAUUUAAUAUAAUAGCUUUUAGAGAGUAUUGCUAGCCAAUCACAACGCGACAUGUCGAGAAGAUUCUAAGCACGACAAUAGCAAUGCUCUACCGUUAAUUAGCUGAGUCAGCGAAAGCUGUUUGGGUUGAGACACUUUGUCCGUUUAUUAGUUAAAAUGUAAAAGUUGUUGUACUUGUAUAUUUUUAGUUAAAGUGUGUCUUAGGCUUUCCUAUAUUUUGUAGUGUCAGCAUUAAAAUAUUUUGUUUUUGUUUUUUUUUUUGUUUUUUGCUUGUUUGAA